AAAGGAAUUUGAAGCGGUCUCAGGAGUGCAACAAAAACUAGUAACUAGAAUAACUUAAGCUAAGAAAUUGAGGGAAAUGAAGAGAUUAAGGGAAUGCAUAGAAGAAGUAACGAAGUUCAGUCUACAAUCUCACAUUAACAAAUCCCUCAAUUUUGAACUUCAACUCUCCCCUGAGUUCUGCUCCAACCUCCUCCUCGAUUCCGACCCCAUCGAUCCCAAUCCAGAUAUUUCAAAAGGAGUUCCUUCAUAUCCUUUAUACAAACAUCUGGCAUUGGCUUUGAACCAAUCCAUAGUUUCCGGGUUCAUUUGCAGUAGACAAGGCAAUUCAGCAUUAAUGCGCGAUGAGAUUUCUUCUGAACAGACAGAAAAGUGGAAUAAGUUGGUUUCAACUAAAGGACUUGAAUUGAUAAAUAUUAUGAAUACCAUAGACUUCGAACUUCAUGUUCAGGAGCCCUUCUUUUCAAUGUCAAGAGAUGGCUUUAAGACAAUUGAAGGAUGGUGUGCUGUUGGCAAAUACAAUAAUAUUGAACCAGGUUCUAUGAUCCUUUUGAAUAAAUGUCUGGUGCUUGAAGUUCAGGAUGUUCGUCAUUAUGCUACAUUUUCUAAGAUGUUAGAGGCUGAAAGCAUUUCUCAAGUCCUUCCUGGAGUUAAAUCCACUGAAGAAGCAGGUUUGCAAACAUAUAGGAAAUUUUAUACAGAGGAAGAGGAAAGGUCUUAUGGAGUCAUUGCUAUCUGUGUUUCUAAUUUGGUGGUUCAGCCUGCUAUCUUGUUGGCUAGCAUACUAUCCGAACUGAGUCAUGAAGGUGUUCAAAGUCUUUUGGGUCUUGCGCAUACUACUGGAACAAUUAGUGAUGCACUCCCCCCACCAAAAUCAACACUUCUCUCAUCAUUCAUGUUGUCAUAUAAUCCAGAUGUCAAAGGCAGUACCCUAACUCACGGAGCUAGGGCUUUGGCUAAGCACAUCAAUCGAAGUAGCAAUAAGUACUGGGGUAAUUUAAAUGGAAGUGAUUCAAAUAAAAAUAAACUCGCAAUGGGAGUUAUUAUGGAUUUGAUCAGUAAUUCUUGCUGGUUGAAUAUGUAUACUGUUCAACCCCAUGGUGAUGUCUUUGAGAUAAGGGUUGCUGAAGGGUACGGUGCACGCUGGUCAAAGGACGGUUAUAAGUUCAUUGGAUUUCUAGAACCGUACAUGGAUGAUGGUCACUUAAAGGGAUGGAAACAUUGAUUUGAUUCAAGAAAUGUAUGCAUUGGCUUCCAAGAUCUACAAGGUAUCCCCUUUCUUUUUAUUACCACUUACUACCGAAGGAGGAUGAUAAUACGAGCUCCUUCAACCUCCCUUUGUACCAAAAAGAAAAACAAAAUCCCAAGGGAGGGGAUCGUAUCGGACACGAGUACUUAAAAAAAUUGGAAGAGUAUGAGCAACAUGGACUAGUUAUAUAAAAUUCAUAACGAAGGCAGUCAUUAAGUUCUAAUUUUGGUUGGUAGAAGUUUUGCAGCAAAGACACAAGCUUUCAGAUGGAUUUAGUCGUGACAAGAUUGCAUCAAAAUCGCCCCUUCUGGUGGAAAAGUGCUGGAUUAUAGUCAUCAAGUUGUUUUUUUCGGCCCCAUUUUUUAAAGCAAUCUCUGUAUUGAGUCAUCGCAAUCUAUUUCUCUAUCAUCUCAAGGACCAACCAAUGUUUAGGUUUUUAAGCAUGCUUGAAUAGGAGUGUAACUCAGUUGACCCAAGCUCAGUUUUUAAGAAACUUGAGCUGACUUGAAAUAAAAGGCGCAGAGCCCAAUUUGAGUUGAGUUUUGCUUUUAAAGCUUAAGCUCAAUUUAAGAAAAAAAUAUUGGAACUAUGCAAGCUUGAUUAGGCUCAAUUAAGCUCGUUUGCUUGUAAAAGUUUAACCUUGGUUCCGAUACUUAAAAUGAUUAUUUGUGUUCGAAUUUAGAUUAGGCUUAAGAUACUUAAAUUCAAUUCGUUGAGCUUGAACAAUAAAAUUUACCAGCGGGUACUGUUGUUUACACGAAUAUGGUUUACUAAUUCUAUAUGGUAUCAACCCUGCUGGAUCUCAAACUUACGCAAAUAAGUCAUAUCUGUUGUCUUUUCUAAAACAUACAAACUAAUGUACUA